AUGGUACGGCGAACGCCUGUUGACUGGGCAGUCCAGACCUGCAUUUUAGGUUUGAGUAUGCUGUCACUCGCCUCUGUAUCUCCAUAUGUACCAGACGGAUCUUUUACCGGGAUCAUUUCGUACGACGGAUUCAGUUUGCUUAAUGAGAUAUCACAGUUGACUCCUCGCGAUGAAAAGCCUUUCACCCUCCGCAUCAUGCCCCUAGGUGCAUCCAUCACCUACGGAUACCAGUCAACUGAUGGUAAUGGCUAUAGACGAUGGCUUCGUCAGCAACUUCGUCACGCUGGAUGGUGGGUGAACAUGGUUGGCAGUAACCCAAAUGAUACCAGCACCAUGAAUAACAACGAGGUUGAGGCCACAUCAGGGUUUAGAGUCGAUCAGUUCACCCAAGAGGCUGAGAAAACCAUCCCGCCACAGCCAAACCUUAUUUUAACGGGCGAGCGGCUGGAUGCUCUUCUGACACGUCUGUUCGACGCAAUUCCCGGCACUACUAUCAUCCUUUCUACUCUGCUCCCCAUAGUUGCCGAGCGUGAAGUCGUCCAUUUCGCCAAAUAUAUUAGUGAUCAGUAUCGGCAAAUUAUUGCCGCGUGCCGUCAACAAGGCCAACGCAUUAUCCUUACUGAGAUGACUAACUUCAUCAAAAUCGAGGACUUGAUCGAUGGAACACACUUAACUGACUUUGGUUAUAAGAAAAUGGCCUUGGCUUGGUGGGAAGUCAUCCAAGACACUGAGCUGCAAAGGCUGCUCCAGUCACCAAACAAUACAGGUGUCAGUGGCACUGGUAGAACGACUUGCAAAAAGGAAUACGGCAGUGGAAAUAAGAGAGGUCGGGUCCAAACCCAGCGUGGGAGUGGGGCCGAUGACGGAAAUUAUGUCCAUAGCUCCAAGGACAUGGGGCGCAUCUUCAGUCCGGCUACUACGAAGGAAGAGAAGGACUUUGCCCUUGGUAUCAACUAUGCUCAGUUAGUGAAUAAAUUUGGCGCCCACCGGGAAAGCGCAUUGGAUGAGCUAGUUUGGACAAAGGGUGGGAAUGGUACGUAUAUGUUCAUUCAUAAUAAUGAUGGGAAGUUUGGAAGUGUAGUGAGGAUUGAAGUCAAUGAUGGAUGCCUCGCGAGAGGUGUUCGAUGGGGAGAUGUGAGUGGGGACGGCCUUGAUGAUUUCAUCUGCAUCAGCAGGGAGGGGCACAUGUAUGUCUCGAUUAAUGAAGAUAAGGACCCCAACGUUCCCACUUUCCGAAGCAUUGGACUAGUCAAGGAUCGCCUCGGCGAUAUCGGUGGGGACGGAAGGAUAGACUACUGUCUGAUACAUAAAAAUGGCGAUAUUCGGUGCUGGCACAAUGGUGGCCAGAAGGAUGCACCCACAAAAGAGUACGGCGGGUAUUGGCAAGAUCUCGGUAUCGUGUUCAAAGGUAAAGGAAUGGGGGAUAUCACCGGUGUGCCUCUCGUUGAUAUCAAUCGAGACUUCCGCAGCGAUUGGCUUUGGCUAGACGCAAAGGGAAAAUCUGAUUUGUGGGCCGUGAAACGAGAUACAGGAGAAGCUGAGGUUUGGUUAAAUAAGUGGAGCUCUAAUGCCCAGGGUGACUAUUUCCAGUUUAAGGGAGUUCUUACGGGUAAUGCGAGGUGUACUCAGGGAUGGGGUGUAGGCCUUUAUGACUUGGGCCUUCGGUUUGCAGAUCUUGAUGGAGACGGUCGGGCAAACUACCUCUGUAUGGAUCCGGAUGGCCGUACAGAUGGCUGGUUGAACAAGGGAGACAAUAGUUUCGAAUCCAUCGGGCAAGUCAAACGAAGUGAGCAUUACGACCGUGCAAACCAUCGGUGGGCGGACGUAAACGAUGGUCGGAUGGCUGAUUUCCUCUGGAUUGACAAAUUCAACGGUGAUACCACGGUAGCAAUCUAA